UCGUCUCUCUCUCUCUCUCUUCCUUCAGACCUGCACGUCACGUUCCUGGUGCUGCUGCCUCUGAGUGUUAUCAUCAUGAUGGUGAGCGCCGUGCUGGGGAUCGUCAACCUGUUGGCACGGGCACAAUGGCUCCUGGUGGUGACCGGGAUCUUGCUAAUGUUUGGUGCCCUGGUGACCAUGUGCGGCGUGUGCGUCUAUGUGGCCUACUGCGCCGCGGCCUACAGGGAGGCGAUUAGGCUCCUCCUGUCCACCGGCGCCGACGGCUCCAAGUCCCUCGAGGAUGGCAUUGACAUCCGCUUCGGCUGGUCUCUGGCCCUGGCCUGCGUGUCUCUGGUGGGUGAAGCCCUCACCGGUGUCGCCUUCCUGGCCACUGCCUGGAUGCUGAGCCACCAGAGGACGGGAGAGGACCAGGGCAUCGAAAUCAAAUAACCACCAAUCAAAUCAAAGAUGACACGCCAUCAUCUGAACAUUCGAUUAGACCAAAUGGCUCCUGACUGUCUGGCAAUGCCAGAUACGGACCUCAGCCCUAAAGGCAACCCCAAGGACAGCAAAGAAGAAACUCCAUUAUGUGGGAUUUCAGCAAGGUACACAAAUGAAGCCCUGGGUCACAUACUGUAAAUAGAUUCUGAACUUUUUCUGGAUAUAGCAACUCCGGCAUCAUAGCUCUUGGGCAUUUCAUGUAUCUGUUAGCGCAGCUCCAAGGAGGCUACAGAGAUUAAUUAUAUGGGUGUUGGGAGAGGUGUAAUCACUCAAACACAAACACACAUUCUGUCAGUGCAUGCACAUGCAGUCACAUGGUGUUACAUAGACACAUGAAUACAAACACACACACAAACACAGACACACACGCUUAAACAGACACAGGCACACACACACACACUUACACAUAGACACAUCACACGCAUACUCAUAUAUUCACACAUGCACCCAUAUGUACAUACAUAUGUAUUCCUUUUUAUGACAAUACAUUCACGACUUUCAAAUAUGUAAUAUUCAUGACAUGUCACCGGUACCCUAAAAUGUACUUGAUGUUCAUGUCACAUUAGUGUAAUACAAAGACAACAGAUUGUGAUAUUUCUGGAAUGUUAAUUACAGUUUAACUCAUUGA